AGAAAACCAUCAGUUCGACCGCGGUUCUUGUCGAUGAUGUUGAGAACGGACAAUUACGGUGCUAAGAUGAAAAACAACAGAUCUCUUCUGGGAUGUGUUCUCCUAGUGAUGUGCGUGGAUGCUGCAAUUGCGCAGGCUGCGGUCUCUACUUCCCCCGCGGAAGCUCAAAGAAGACAGCUAUCUCUACAACAACAGUCCAAUAUCUUAAGCGACAUUCAACAGCACCAGCAUAGAUUCGACCUCAGACAAAAUCCGUUCAACACAGCAUUCAACCUCAACCUACAGCAGCUCCAAAACCAACCAUGGUUGAACCAACAAAAGCAGCCUCUUCUACAUACCCAGCUUCUCCAACAGCAAAUACAAAGUCAAAAUCCAAGGUUUCAAACUAGUGCGUUCGGUAGUUCGGUUUUGCAGAAUCCUCUGUUAUCCUCUCCUAACAUCCCAAUUUUCCAAACUCCCAACAAUCAAGGACUUCAACCUGUCCAACAUCAUACACAAACAAGUUUCACCCCAAAUUUCAACCAACAAUCCAAUAACAACUUUGCAAAUGCACAACUCCAAGCUAGACCUACCAACAACCCUUUGUUCUCCAGAUCAACCACAACAGUGGACCCUGAAAAAGAGAAGGAAAGAUUGAAACAACUCAAAGAAAAGCAAGCUAUCAUCGACAAACAUAACCAGUUCGUAGAAAAGCAAUACGAGAAAUCUUUGAAGAGAGCACAAGAAGAUCACGUGGAAUGGGUGGAAAAACAAAAGGAGAAGAAGACGAAACUUUACCAAAAAUUAUACAAAUUACCUAAAACUCAAGAUACUAGUUACUCUCAUGCAAUACCUAGAUACAUUUAUCCCGAAGAAGCUCAUUUAUUCGAGCUGGCAGUGAAGAAAUACUACGAAGAACAUCCAACCACAACAACAACAACAACCACCACAACCACAGAAGCACCUGAUUCAGACGAAGAAGAAGAAGAAGAGCAGGAAGAUAUUAUCGAUAGAUCUUCAACGAAGAAAACCACUUUCCUACCAACUGCCGCUCCACCAGCGAAUCCAAUUCAAACCUUAGAAGAUUUGAACACGUUGAAGAAGCAAUACAGGGAAAAACAAAUAGGAAAGGAUGAUCUUCUUGCCCAGCUUCGACUGGCUAUUGCAAAUGAAGCUGAUAACGAUUUAACGAAAAAUAUUUCAUCCCGAGAAAUUUCCUUAGGAGGCAAAAAAGUACAAGUUAUUUCCACAACAGAUCCCAAACUAUUCGAAAAUUCUAAGACACAAGAAAUAACUUUGCCGAAUGGUCAAACCGUUGAAGUCAUCAGAACCAGUGAUCCCAGCAUGGUUCCUGGCAACAAUCCGUUGAAACCAGAUGAAAUCACACUCCCAAGCGGUCAAAAAGUUCAAGUUAUCAGAACGUCUGAUCCCAAUCUAAUUCCUCAAGGUUCAGUAAAAUCACAAGAGAUCACUCUACCCAACGGUCAAAGAGUUGAAAUAAUAAGGACGACGGAUCCUAAGUUGGUACCUGGAGGAACUCCAUUGGAACCAGGAAGUGAUUUGGAGAAAUUGGUUUUAUCAAGAACAACCACCACUACAACCGUCAAGCCACCAAAAGUUUUCUUUGAUGAGAUUGCUAAAGACGUCUUACCUAAAGGUUCCAAUUUUGAGUUGCUAAAAACAGGAGCUUCUGGAGGUUUGGAACAUAUUGAAUCCCCAUCAAAUUUGCCGGAUAAGAAGAAGGUAACUUUUGUGCUUUUGGAAGAACAAGCUGAUGGUACUCUGAAGGUACAGGGGAUCAAGGGAACUGGCAAAGAUAAGCCCGAAGUUGAUGUUGAUUCUAUUCUGAAAAAGAUCAGGAAUGGUGAAAUCAAACUGCCUACUUCAUCACCAAAGCCAGUAUCUUCUACUGCUUCCACAACUGCACUACCUGUUUCUUCAACAACUCAAGCGACUUUUGGCGCAAAGAUAAGUACUGAAGAACCAAGUACACCUAAAGUUAGCGUUCUGCCAAAUUCUUUCGCCACUUCUGAAGAUGAAUCUUCUGUAGGUCCACCAAAAAAUUCAGGCACUGAGUUUGUUUCGACAUCCACAGCUUCAACAUAUUUCACGGAUGACUUCAGUAGAUUCUCGUCUUCAGUAGCAACAGAAUCUCCUACUACAGCCAGAUCUUCAAGGCAACCUCACAUACUGAACCAUGGAAGCAGCACCGUUCCACCAAGUGAUUUGGUACGGCAAGAAUCUUCGAGCUCAGCACAGAAUUCCCAAAAUUCGAUUUUCUCGAAUUCGUUCAGUUCGUCCAGAGGUACGACUUUCCAACCAAGAACAACAACACCAGUGUAUCCUUCUGAAAUAAUUCCAAGUAUUUCACAAAGUGUAACACCUGUUCCUGAGAAGCCAGCUAGGAAAUACUCUAAGGAACCAACGCCAGAGCUUGUUGACAUACUGAAGAAGCAAGGGUUGUUUGCUAUGGCCAAAUUCUUGAAAGAAAGUGGAUUAGAUUCGAUUCUCAACGAAACUGGACCUUACACCAUUUUUGUGCCUAAUGAUAAGGCCUUUAGGACCCUUUUGGUGCAAUUGGGAGGACCAGAAAGAGCUGAACAGAAGUUCAAGGACAAUCCUCGUCUUCUUAGUGGGUUACUGUUGCAUCACGUGAUACCAGGAGCUUUCACAAUUGGAUCCUUGCAAGAUGAAAUGACCGGUGUGUCUUUGGCAGGAACUCAAUUGAGAGUAAAUCAGUACAAUAUGCAAGACGCAGAAUGGAAUGACAUCAAGUUGACCACCAUAAACGGUGCCAAAGUCCUAGAUGACAAAAAAGACAUAGAGAUUCCCCAAGGUAUGGCCCACGCAGUGGAUAGGGUUAUGUUCCCUCUUCCUGUUGGUGAUAUUGUGCAGACCCUUCAAUCAGACAGGGAAAGACGUUUCACCAAUUUCCUUCGAGCACUUUUCGCAGGAGGUUUGGCAGAUUCUCUACAGGGUUCCAAAACCUUCACUCUCUUCGCCCCAACCGACAAAGCUUUCGUUGGACUACCCAGUGAAGAAUUGAGCAGAAUGGUAUCUGACAAGAAAAUAGCAAGAGAAUUGGUACUGAGGCACCUCAUUCCAGGAACCUUAUACACCAAUGGUAUGAGAUAUUUCCAGAUCAAAGAAAGUCUGCAACCAGAAAGGCAGAUCACGAUAAACAAACAAUCAGGAAAACUCAAGAUCAACAACAACUACCUAAGUACACAAAACAUUCCAGCCACCAACGGAGUUAUCCAUGCGAUAGACACCCUCUUGUGAAAUCACCCUUAAAAAUUUUUAUCGGGAUUCAAAAAAUCCCAAUUUUGGCCAUUCACCAGUGAAAUUAAAAUUUGGUUAAUUCAAAUAUAAGGCUGAUGAAAAGUUAGAUACCAAACUGUCCCAGUGGGUUCUGAAGAAGUGUAAGCAUGUAUAAAAUCGAACCUGUUAAUUUAACUAUGUAUAUUAUAAAUUAUGCUAAGUAUUUAAUUACUUCUUAGGUUUAAAGAUGAGUUGUAUUCGUCCUAUUUUAAGUGAAUAUGUAUUAUCGAAAAAGAUAAUUAUGAUCAUUUGUUGUUUUCUGAAUUAAAUUUGUAAAUAAAUACUAGUUGAACAUGA